AAUAUCACCUUUUAACAAUAUGGAAAAGUCUUAGAAUUUAAAGGGGAAGUAUUGCUAAUUUUUACUGAGUGUUGUUUUUACACAUUUUGUGCUCCAUAUGACACUCUGUGCACUUUAAACUUAUGGUGGUUACAUGUAUGUGUUACUCUACGUUUGGGAUCAAGCAUGCACAAUCACAGGUUCUAAAAUUUUACUGCUAAUGUUUUAAAAAUAUGUGUAGUAUACAUUUCUAUAGGUGCACCUAUUUUUGUGUCUCACUCCCCCCUUCUCCUCCCCUCUCUUCCUACCCCCCACCAUCCCUGAUUUUGAUAUGUAACGAACACUUUAAGAAAUAAAAAAAUUUUGCCAAGCAGAAUGAGCCAGAUAUAGUAUAUGUCAAGCAGUGUUUAAUAACUAUAUUGUUUGUUUUUUUUGCAGUAGAAUACUUAACUUAACAUGAAUUACGAAAACCCACCACCAUAUGCAAAUACAAACCCACCUGCUCCUUACCCACCAUAUGGCCAACAGCCAGGCGGACCAGCUCCAAAUCAGUAUCCUGGUUAUCCACCACCACCACCUGUAGGAUACCAGCCAGGACAACCAGGCUAUCAGGGAUACCCUCAAGGAUACCCUCAAUAUGGCUGGCAAGGUGGUCCCCCACCUGCACCAGUGUAUGCUGAUGGUCCUAAAAAUACAGGUACGUUUUAUUGAAGUGAUUACCAGAGCUUUAAAGAGAAAAUUUCACCUGGUCACUGUACAUUCCCUCCCCCCGCCAAUAAAUGUUGGAUAGGGUGAGAUGUCCAUUGAAGGGGUAAGGACAAAAUAUGAUGGCCUCCUCUGUGAUUCCAUCUCCCAUAAUCCCUUGUGUGCCAGGCAUACUUUCACUGUACUCAGUAAUUUCUACCUUAUCAUGUCCAACUUGUGUUAAAUUGCUGGGCAAAUUAGCCCUGGUUCAUUCACACUCUCACUGACCUCAGCCGUUUUUCCGAUGAUGCUCAACCUACCAGCCUGAUGGAUAGUUGUGUAUCAGGGAAAAUCAAGUUCAUAACAGAUUCUUUCCGUAUAUAACAUACACAAUAGGGAUAGAGCUGAAAAUCUACAAAUAACUAAGCAUAUAGUAUAUUAUUAAGGAAAUACAAUCUGCACUAUUAAUAAUUGCUGUUUAAAAAGUACAAUCUGGAAAGGGCUCCUAGAGAAACUGUAUAUUUAAGUUAAGCAUAUAAUCCUACAGCUGACACUAUUUGAUGGAGGUGUGGUGUAUGUAUAUAUCAUAACCAGUUCCUGUAGGCUUACCCUUGGCAUGGUAAACAUUAUGAUUUUCCUCAUAAUUCUCUGGCAGCGUAAUAGUGGUCUGCCACAGAUUUAAUUAAUCUAGAUUUACAUAGUUGAUUUAAGUUCUUUGCAGUGGACUGAGCUUUACAUGACGCUCUGGCAGCCUAAUGAUUAGCUGAAUAUUAUAGCUCAACCAAAAAAAAGAUAGAAAUAAUGGCUAACAUUUGGUAGUAGCUGGAUUAUAUUUUCUGCAAUUCCCAAGCAGUUUAAUGAGUAGCUGAUAGUAAUAUGAAAACUAAGUCAACAACUGAUCAAAAAUUGUUAAAAAAUUAUUAAAGGAACAAUAUAGCAUUAGUCUUAAUAUAUCCAUUUGGAUGUCAUUCCCUGCCCCCCAAUGAGAGUUUGAAAGGUUUUUCAUAAGGAAGUUUGGGAGGCUAGUGCACAUGCACAGCAAAAUGCCACACUGUGCCCAAUCUAAUGCUCUUUUGGAGAGUCAUUUGAUCACAUGUAUUAGAAGUGUGUUAACCUUGCAAUGUAAACAUUGCAGUAUCUACAAAGCUGCAAUAUUUUGGAUUGCAAGGUUAAAACCACAGGGUCACUGCUUCCAGACCAUUGCAUUAAGAUGAAAUGUUCUGGGUGCCUUUAGUCGUCCUUUAGCAGACUGUCAGUGGCUAAUGGAGCUUGAUAGAAAAUAAAAUAAGUUUAAAAAAAUAAUUGAUUGCUAAACUUUGGUUCUGUGUGUUUUAAGGGACUACACUUCCUGAGAGUCUAAUAGUCUGAAUAGCUGCAGCUAUGAAGAUUUUCUGUAUUAUGUCUUCUUAAGGAUUAGGGAAGGCUGUAGCCACAUAAGAACAGUGGGUGGGGUUUCUAACCACUGCAUCUAUUGCCCCUUGUUUCAGCAUCAUGACUUUCUCCUCCUUUCUACAAGACAGGUAGGGAACAUAUUUUUAGUUAGAUGCAGGCAAAGGGACAGAAACAAAAAACCCAGGUAUUGGUCUUAACAGAGUCUGAGCAGCACAUGGCAGCUUAGAAGAAACUUCUUGAUGUAUUAAAAUAAAAAAUGCUGUCUGAGUAUCUGACCCUGUAAAAGUGACAGCCUGCCUAUGUGUACUAUUAGCUCUGAAACUGUAUUUCUUGGCAGUGGGAGACUAUUGUAUUGCUGACAAUCAGAAAGCUGCAUUAUUGGCUCCAGGUCCAAUUUGUGUUGCUAUGAUGAUCUGGGGCAUUGCAGAACUUUGCACCUACUUAAAACAAACUGAUGAUGAUAACUGUUAAAUGUGUGUGGGAGCCAAUGAAGCACCUGAGCAUGUGAUUAACCAUCGGUGUAGACUUGUGCUAUCUUACUUCUAUUGGCUUUCUUUUGCAAUGUUUGAUAAUGACUGAAAACAUGUUCCAUUGUUGUCUAAGCCUAGUCACACAUGUUAACACAUUCCUGUAUCCUCUGGCAAAGUUUAUUGAUUAUAAUUCCUCCUAUCUGUAUAGAUUUAUUCUUUUUGCAGCAUUUCCAUUUUUGCUGCUUACAGAUUUAUUAUGGGCUCAUUGGAUGCAUAGCAUAUUUACCAUACGGAACGCUCAACCAAAUAAUUGUUCAACAAAAUUGAUAUUAUGUAAUAUUUGACUUGUGAAUUGACACACAGUUUUUGUUUAUGUUUUAAGUGUAUGUUGUUGAAGAACGAAGAAGGGAUGACUCUGGAGAAAGUGCAUGUCUGACAGCUUGCUGGACUGCUCUUUGUUGCUGCUGCCUUUGGGACAUGUUGACCUAAAUACUUCUGGAUGCCAAAAAUUGGGAAUACAUUGUCUUUUUCACAUCUUGUUACUUUUUGUCUACAAAUAAUUAUUAUUUUUUUCCCCAAAUUGCUUAUAUGUUUAAAUGAACUGUUAUGUCAUCUAUUAAAAUGUGUUAUUUAAAUUAUUGCAUUUCAAAUAAAAAGUAUUUCUUCCUCUUUCGCUUUCUAAAAAUCAGGCAUGCAAAAUUAUUUUUAAUCAUAACUUAAAAAGGGAUCUGCAUUAUGCAUUUUAUUUCCUCAGAUGCAAAUAAACCAUGUCUAAAAAUGUGUAGCCUGUGAAAUGAAUGAGUUGUUGCACACAAUAUCUUAGUGUAUAUAUAACUGCAAGUUAGACACACCUUGCAUACUUGUGGAAUUCUUAAACAUCCAUACAUACACCUUUUUGUUUUUAAACUGGGAGUGAACGAGUUCAAGAGACUUUAGGAGGUUGAGUGACACAACCUGUUAGAACCAAGAAUCCUUUGGCUGACCUUCCCAGACUUCUUAUUCAGGUUGCUAUGUAAAAGUCUUUUUAAUCUAAACAUUUUAUCACUUUAUAACCUUAAUUAAAUAAAAGGAAGCUUUGUUUUCAAAUAAGUGUAUGUUAAUGGAAUACUAAAGGAAAAAAAGUUUUAAUUUUAGUAAAGAAUUUGCAGAUAAUUACUGAUUUUAGGCAAAGUCACAAAUGUAAAUUUAAAGGGACACUAUAGUCACCAGAACAACUACCGCUUAAUGUAGUUGUGCUGGUGAGUAUAAUAGUUCCCUUCAGGCUUUUUUCAUGCAAACACUGACUUUUCAGAGAAAAGACAAUUUACAUUGCCUCUAGGGACAUCUCCAAGUGGCCACUCCUUUGGAGGUGCUUCCUGAGUCAGUGCUGCCAAAAAAGCAGCACUGACGUUCAGCGUCCCCUUGCUCUGCAUGGAGACGCUGAAUUUUCCUCAUAGAAAAGCAUUGGAUUGGCUAAACAUCGGCCAUUUUGAUGUCACAAAGGGGGCGGAGCCAGCACCGGCAGACCCGUGUGGCGCUGUAGAUACGGUUUUAAACUUUUAUAGGGAGGCUAAAGGGCGGGGGGAACCACCUAAAUGGUGAGUUCAACGCUAUAGGGUCAGGAAUACAUGUUUGUGUUCCUGACCCUAUAGUGUUCCUUUAACAUUUGCUGAACGCAUCAGAAGUUUGUAAGGAUUUGGUACAGGUAUAACUAUAUGAUAAGUGUUAGACAAUGUGGAACUGGUGUUGAAAAUAAUGAAAAGUGUACAUGGGAACAACCCAAGAAAUAAAGAUAAAGGAAGUAAUGGCAUCACCUAAUAUUCUAGCUAUACAAUGUUUGUUCCAGAAAUUGUGUGCACACUUUGUGCAACAAUUAAGAGACUAUCCAGGAACUACAACCACAAUAGACUAUUGUAGUGUUAUGAUGUAAGUACCUUAUCCUGCACCUUCUUCUUUUUAAAUUGCUUUCUUUAUAUGUCCAGAAAGAUCAGUCCUAAUUCCAUGCCCCUCAUAUGGUCAUACAAAUAUUUGUAUUACAUGUGCAUGUGAAGUGUUUUUACACUGAGGAAAUCUGCAUUUGCGGAUGCUUUGCUGUGAGCACUAAAUAAAGUGGAGAAAGAUUCUCUAAACUGCUUUAAAAAAAAAAAAAAGUCUUUCAUUGUCUUUUAAGAAAACUUGAAAAAAAAUGUAAAUGUUGAC